CCAACAACAUUGUAAUCUUAAGCAUUUUUUCUCCUGUCACUUUCUUUCCCAUUCUCUCUCUCUCUCUCUCUCUACUCUUCUUUACUCCACUUUUCUUUUCCACAGUCUAUAAUGCCUGCCCAUUUCAGUUUUUCUUCAUAAAAAAUCAAGGGUCGGUGCCAGAUAAAGCAUUUUCUGCUCUGCUUCUUUACUUUUUCGUUGUCAAAACGAUGCCACCACCUAGAUAAAGUCCUUGUUUCCUCUCUUAUUAUCACUAUUUCUUAUAUCCCAGAUUUUGCUGAGUUUUUAUUCUGUUUUCUUUUUUUAUUUCUUUAAGCUUUUUCCAUUUGUUUAUCUAUUGGUUGGAGCUUGGAACUAGCUUCUGAGAUUGCAGUAGGAUUUCCGAAGAAAGAAAAAGAAAAAUCUGUCUUCACUGUUUUCCAUCAGAAUUUGACAGAGAACUCAUAUGGGUGUUUAUACGAAGCUUGGAUUGGUUGUUAUCAGUGGAAGAAGUAUAAAAUUUGGUUGUUUCAACUAGUUGGAGAUAUGGCAUUCAAGGAGAGAAAAUGGGCAAAAGCAAGUAUUCAGUUUUCUCAGGGCUUCAAUUCUGUUAAUCAGGAAUAGUAUAAUUCUGGUUUUCUUUUUCCUGUCUUUGGGUGACUCUGAGAAUCCAGUUCAGGCCAUGCAAAGGCACAGCUUCGAGGAGUGUCAAGGCUUUGAUCGCUUCCCAAGUUGAUUACUUUGCAUGCUCUUUGUUGAUUGAAGGGUUGGGAAAAAGGAAUUCUUUGAGGUGUCAUCAAUCUGUAAUCUUCAAAUGCAAUUGAUCGUUUCGUUGAGGUGAAGAUCCAAGAAAAAAAAGAGCAAAAAAAAAAAGCUCUGAGUCCUUUAGCGAGGAAUUUGAGGCGCGGGUUAAGGCUUGAGGAGGCAAAAAGACAGCUUUGAUACCUUGCCAUCCAAAGAAAGCUUUGGCUAUUGACCUUGUGGUUUACGCUACUUGGGAAACUUGAGUUGUUGAAACUGGAAUGUUGUUAUUCUACUUUUUUAUGCUAACAUGUCCAGUUACAUUUGACUGCAGCUCUCUCCUAGUUCUUGGUGGUAUCGAAUUUUAAGAACCCUGUUUUUCAGAUUUCCAAGUCACCUUUCAACAAACAACUUUCAAUUGUCAAAGCAUUAUAAUCCCAAAUAAAACCACAUUUAUCAUGGCCAAAACAUCAAAUAGGCGCCCUGUGCGAUAUGAAAAGGAACAGUUGGGCUGUAUGUGGGGCUUGAUUAGUAUGUUUGACUUCCGCCAUGGUCGAUCAACUCAGAGAUUGCUUUCUGAUAGAAGGCGCAGUUACAGAAAUGCGGUUGGUGUGGGAAACUCAGUAAAAAAACUUGACAUGUUGACUAGUUCUGGAGACAAUUGUCCAGAAACUCUUGAUGCUGAAGAGAAAACAACAGUAUCUGAUGCAUGUAAGCCAAGUGUGAAGAAACUCCUAGAAGAAGAAAUGUCCGGAGAGCAGGUUGCAAAGAAAGAUGUAAAUAAUACUGAAAUUGAAGCAAAACGGUGUGAUUCAGGGCAAGAAGACAACAGAAGGAAGAACCGGAAAAGAAAAAACAAAACUCGUAAGAAAAGUCGUGAUAGCAGUCUUGAUUUUGAUGCUGCUGAGAACUUGGUAUCAGAAGGUUCUUGUCAGCAUAAAUCAGAGCAACAAACUACAAGCAAUCUCAAUAUGGACAACCUAAUGGAAGAGUUUUGUCAGAAAAUCCAUCAGAAAACAAUAAAUUGUGUGCAUCAUGGCCAGCCUGCUGAAGGUCAUAUGCAGCCAAACCUGAAGAGUUCUGGUUUUGAAGAAAGAUUGACUGAGGCAAUCAAGUUCUUAGUGAGUCAGAAGCUGAUUAACGGGAAUCAACUUACAGAAGAUGGGGAACUCCAAGCCUCAAAAGAAGUCAUGGAUGCACUUCAAAUUUUGAGUUUAGAUGAGGAAUUGUUUUUGAAACUUCUACGGGAUCCAAACUCAUUGUUGGUGAAAUAUGUGCACGACUUGCCAGAUGCUCAAUUAAAGGAGGAGGAAGAGUCUACACCUCUUGCUGGAUCCAACUUUUCAGAGCAGGAGCUUGUUGAUUUAAGACAAUCCAGUGAGCCUGUUAAUAGAAAACAGCAUAACUUCUUUAGAAGAAAGCUCAAGUCUUGCGGAAGGGACCUAUCAGAUGGAAAUAAGGUUUCUCAAGCUUCAAAUAAAAUUGUAAUUUUGAAGCCUGGGCCAACAUGCUUGCAAACUCCUGAAACUGGAAGCAGCCUUGGCUUAUCACCAGAACCUCAGUACAUCAUCAGACAUAGGGAGCCUAAUGAGAAAGUUGGUUCCCACUUUUUUCUUGCUGAAAUAAAAAGAAAGUUGAAACAUGCUAUGGGAAGGGAACAACAUAGAAUCCCCACUGAUGGUAUUUCUAAAAGAUUUCCUGGUGAGCGACAAAAUUCAGGGGAUAGUGGAGGAGUUAAGGAAUAUAUUGGGAUGAAUUCUCCAACUAAAGACCACUUCUUUAUUGAAAGAAUGGCCAGACCUUCCAUUGGUGUCAAAAAAGGAGAAAAAACAAGCAAGCUAAAAGGUUCUGAACAAGGUACAGAUUAUGAGACUACUGAUUUUUCCAAGCAAAAGGUUUCGAACAUCUAUCUUGAGGCAAAGAAACAUCUCUCUGAGAUGCUAAGAAAUGGGGAUGAGAAUGUGGAUCUUUCAAGCAGACAGGUUCCAAAAACUUUAGGCAGGCUUCUUUCUCUUCCUGAGUAUAACUCAUCACCUGUUGGCAGCCCUGGGAGGAACUUGGAGCCUAAUUUCAUUACUGCACAGAUGAGAUUUGCUGGCUCUGAAAAUUUUGGGGAGGUGAAUGUAAACAAUCAACAGAACCAUGUCAGCCAUCUAAGUCAAGUAGCAGAGAGCCAGCUUUGCAUUUCAGAUAACAAGACCAUUAAUGAAGUCCAUGGUGAUAAUGCCAUUUUAAACAACCUUGACACUUGUGUGAAUGAUGACAAAGAGGACCAAACAUUUUGUGCUGCUAAAGAUGAAAUGAGUUCUGAAGGUUCUGUGAGUAAUGUUAAAGCACCUGAACUGAUGGUUCAGGAAGAAAGCAAGGUCUUGGACACUUUUUCUGAGACAAGUGACUCUUCAAUUACUAGAGAUGACAAAAAUGUAGAUGUAUGUGAAGUUUGUGAUGAAAAACAACAUCAUCAAUGCUUGAAACAGGAUUCAUCUGAAGAGGACCAACAGCCAUUUUCUCCACUAGCAUCUCCAUCAAACUCUUUAGUUACCAAUAAGGUUGAGUGUCCAGAGAGUGUUACUGAUAUACAGGAGCGGCCAAGUCCUGUAUCUGUUCUUGAGCCACUAUUUGCAGAGGAUGUUAUCAGCCCUGCAAGCAUCAGAUCUCAUACUGCUGAAACAUCCAUGCAACCACUAAGAAUUCGAUUCGAAGAACAUGGCUCUUUAGCCACAAAUCACAGCAAUCAUAUUAAAACUUGCAUGGAUGAUAAAGAAUCAAUAUUUGAGCACGUAAAGGCAGUGCUGCAAGCCUCUAGUUUCAACUGGGAUGAACUCUACAUCAGGUCACUUUCUUCAGACCAGCUUCUUGACCCAUUAUUGCUUGAUGAGGUAGAGUACUCGCCCAACCAGCUCUGUCAUGACCAAAAACUGCUCUUUGAUUGCAUUAAUGAAGUUAUCAUGGAGGUUUGUGGGUACUACUUUGGUUCCCCGGGUGUGUCAUUUAUCAAACCCAACAUCCGUCCUAUCCCAAACAUGAAACAUACUAUUCUAGAGGUCUGGCAAGGAGUUUAUUGGCAUUUGCUUCCAAUGCCACUGCCUCGUACUUUGGACCAGAUAGUCAGAAAAGACAUGUCUAAGACAGGGACAUGGAUGGAUCUUCGACUUGACACUGAUUGUAUUGGUGUUGAGAUGGGUGAAGCCAUUCUUGAAGAUUUAGUGGAAGACACCGUAACCAGCUACAUAAAUGAAAGUCUGGAAUGUGAAUAUCAUGUGCUUCCAGCUUAGCUGAAGGACCACGAGAGUGACAUCAACUUGUAAAAGGCAACUGACUCUGUUUUGUUCAUACUUCAUACCAAUAAUGUACCUCACGUUGGGUCAAGGUGGGAGAAAAACAAGCUAAUUAAGUCUUCUAAAUCAGAAGGAUAGGCAGUGACAUCCCACCGAGCAAGGGGGGCAUCAUUUAACUCUCCUUAAAGGUGUUUUUUGCAUGAUGCAAUGGCUUUUUCUAACCUUGCCAUUGAAAUCAUGUAGAUACAUAAAAAAUCUUCCCAUAUCUAUUAACCAUUAACCAGGAGACCUUACAAGCAGCAACCAUGAAUUGAUUCCUAUUUCAUGUGCAGAGAUCCUUUGCAAAUGCUCCUCACAAGAAUUAACAACAAACACCUGAUUUCAGACGCCUUUCUUGGUUCAUUUUAAUCAAUGACUAUACUGCUACAUCUGGAUCAGUGCAUUUCUCCUGGUGACAAGUUGAUAAAAAUGUUCUUUCUCAUUGUAGAACUUAUAGGGUUUGGCAUGUAUUGGUCGUGUGUGGAUGGUGUGCUUUUCAUUUUGAUUGAUUUCAUUCAUUCUUGAGUUUCGUACUUGAGUGGUUUUCUUCAUUGUUGUAUCUGUGCAUUUCUGUAUUUAGAGUUGAGAGUGCUUAUGAGUGGAGUUAUGACUACUUUGAUAAUGGAGGUCGGAUUUCAUACGUCUGAUGUAUGCGCCUAUACAAGUUAUGCUCGUUGAAAAUAAUAAAUAACACUGAACAUCUUGUAAGAAUGCAA